AUGCCUUCUCGAUACUCAUUGGCUCAAACAACCUCCCUUCCCCACCUCUCUGAGAUCCUCAAGCUCUACCCAGAGGAAGAACGAUGGUGUGCAGGAUACGCUCCAUCACAGGGUCGUCGCUGCCACCUUUCAACAAAUGCGGGGAACCGGCAAACCGCCAUGCACUUAUUAGACGAAGGGACCAAAGACCUCCAUGCGGGACGAGACAUCAGUGACCUGCUCGAGGAGCUGGCUCCUUACACUCUGUGCACACGGUGGCACAAGUAUCAGGCUCUCGAUCUUGCUGCAAAGUGGAAGAGCAAAGUUCAACAAUACUUGGGCUCUUGUGUGUCUCCUGCACCUACUCAACGGGUUACUGGAGAGCGACAACGGAUUAGCCCUCCGGCAAGAUCCAGGCAGACUGUAGAGGCGGAAUGGCCCGAUCUGGCGAACUGGGCUCCAGUCUGUAUUGGUGGACAGCUAUGGACUGUCCAAGGGGCACCCGCCACUUCGCAAGAAACUCGCAUCAAUGAGCGUGUCACUCAAACCGCAAACUCCACCAAUAGACGACGCGAGCGCUCUAUGAGCGGUGCUGCAGUUGCAACACAGGAAAGAACGAAUAGCACAAGGGCAGCGGCUGAAAGCUCCCAAGCAGGCCUCCGGGCUGCCUCUCCUGCAGCAUCGAACCGUGGACUGUCGAGCACACCAACAGCGGCUAUUCACACAACCCCCAAUCGUGGUUCAGGAGCCGCUCUGCCCUCGACGACCUCCACUCGCGUUCUUCCUGGUAGUGGCUCAAGAGCCGCCCUGUCCUCUACGACAUCGUCAAGUUCUGGCAAUACUACUCGCCGACCUAUUGAAGGAGACUGUGGCAUCUGUUUUGACCCCUUGAAAAAAGCUCGCUGUGGAGCUAGUCACGGUGUGCACCAUGAUACGGGAGACGAGGAAGAACAGCAGGCAUUAUCCUGGUGCAAAGCCCAAUGUGGAGUCAACUACCACACAACCUGCAUUGAAUCGUGGCUGAAGGCCGCCCCUAAGUCUACAUGUCCGACGUGUCGGAGAGCAUGGAAGGAUUAG